UUCUCAUCCCUCCAUCUACCGACCUCUCUCUCGCCAUUCAACUAUGUCGACGACAUAAGAAACCCUCUUCCACCUCGAUGCCCAGGCUGGAAGAUACCUUCAGUGGGUAACCUCUUAUUCAAGUGUUCGCGGUAAAAGGUCGCCGACGCCGCAGACAAGAUAGCCCUCUUCACCAUAAACAACACCACUACCUCUAACCCUCUCCACCGCCAAGCGCCUAAUCUCACACGUCUGUUGCGCACUCUGAAACAACAUACUCGAUAAUGCCUUGCACAUCACCUCCAUGGGCCAGUACAGGGCAGACUCUUCCUCGCAGCCUUGGAUACGGCAAGGGUCCCGUGUCUAAGAUAUCGCUACAGCCAGUCUCCGCAAUCUGCAUGGGCCACAAUAACUCAACGCUCACGUGCUCCACCUGUGGUUGUCUCCUAGCCCCCUCUGCCUCUUGUUUAAGACAGUCCCAGAGACCACUGAACACUUCCUACUCCACUGCCCGCGUGUCCACUCCCCCAAACGCGGGAUUGUGCUCCUAAUUCUCGGCUCUGAACAUUACAACACGGCACCUGCCCACUCACCUCGCGGCCACUUCAUGCCAAUCAGCUAACCUCCGCCUGUGCUUUCCUGAGGAAGACGAGUUAGCUACCACACCUGUGAUAACCCCACAAGACUUUCCCAGGGCUCAUAAGAUCGCCAGAUCUUCGCACCCUUAACAAAUAGUCAAGUAUCACAGGAAAGGGACAGAGAACAAUAACUACCAGACCAGUGGACCAGAAGCGAGCUACAUCUAACUUUUCCUGAACCAUAGAAGAGAAUGGCGUCCUUGACCACAGUGGGAAACUCCAGCCCUGCACUGAGUUUCAGGAUCCUGGCCGAAUGUGGCAAGAGCAAGGCACGGACCAGCCUGAUGACACUGCCACACCAAACUGUGGAGCUUCCAGCCUUCAUGCCUGUUGGAACACAGGGUACCAUGAAAGGACUUCUCCCCCAGCAAGUGAAGGAUACAGGAGCUGGCCUUAUUCUUGGCAACACUUAUCACCUGGGAACCCAACCAGGCAAGGAAAAUCUCACACAGUUAGGAGGAUUGCACAAAUUCAUGAAUUGGGACCAAGCAUUACUCACUGACUCUGGAGGCUUCCAAAUGGUGUCUCUCCUAAAGCUGGCAGAGAUCACAGAAGAGGGAGUGAAAUUCCGCUCCCCUUAUGAUGGCUCUGAGUGUUUGUUGACGCCCGAGGAGAGCAUAGCCAUCCAGAAUGCCAUUGGUGCUGACAUCAUGAUGCAGUUGGAUGAUGUGGUCAAUGUGGUGGAGAAAGACUACAAGCGCUUUGAAGUUGCCACUCACAGAACAACCCGUUGGCUGGACCGCUGCAUAGCUGCUAACAAGAAUCGCACCACCCAAAACUUGUUUCCCAUUGUUCAGGGAGGACUUUUCCCAGACUUAAGAGAGAUCUCCCUGCAGCAGCUCAUUGCCAGGGAUGCCCCAGGAUAUGCCAUUGGAGGUCUCAGUGGUGGUGAGGAUAAGGACAAGUUCUGGCCAGUGGUGUUGCAAUGCACGGAGCAGCUGCCGCACCACAAGCCCCGUUACUGCAUGGGUGUGGGUAUGGCCGUGGACUUGGUGGUGUGCUGUGCCCUUGGAGUGGACAUGUUUGAUUGUGUCUUCCCAACCAGAACUGCUAGAUUUGGGUGUGCUCUGGUUGACUAUGGCCAAAUCAAUCUCAAGAACAAAGAGUUCUCAGGUGACCUGAGACCCAUAGAUGAAGCCUGUGACUGUUCAACCUGCAAGUCUUACAGCCGGGCUUAUAUCAACACCAUAGUAACCAGGGAACCUGUGGCUUGUCACUUACUGUCAGUGCACAAUAUUGCAUACCAGAUGAGACUGAUGCGGCAGAUUCGAGAGAGCAUCAAGAAUGGCCAGUUUGAGGAGUUUGUGAGGGAAUUUGUAGAGAAGUACUACAAGGGACAAGAGUGUCCAAAGUGGGUUACUGAUGCCUUGGCUGCUGUCAACAUCCACCUUCACCACAAAAAGAUCUGCAGAAAAAAUCCAAAAGAUGAGACCAACACAUCAGAUGAGGUUUGGAAUGAUGAGGAUGAUGAACCUAUGGACGAGAGAAGACAAGGAAUGGCAACAAGAGUAGAGGGAGUGACUGGUCUUCAGUCUGGCUUUGAGCAUCUAAAUUUGACAGGUUACCGAGAAGCUAUAUUAGGAGACUUUGAACAGUCAGAAGAGCUUGGCAGAUGCAAUGGAUUUCAGUCAGGGUUUGUUGCUGAUCCUAAAAUUAAUCCCAGCCUGGCACUGGCACGCAUGGAGGGUCAACUUAUGGCACUCUCUCAUAAAACAAGCCAGAGAGAGGAAGAGGCUCAGGCAGCAGAAAUGGAGCAGGUGUUAAAGCAGGUGAAGACUCUGGCAGAUCUUUGCUACAGCACUCCCUUAACUCCAGUAAAGCAGCCAUCAGCAUUAUCUCCCCACCAGCAGCCAUGCCAAGGCAAGGUUGAUAGUAACACUCUCAGGAAACUUCAAGACAGAAUUGAUCAACUUUACAGUGCUUGUGGCUGGACAGUCCCUGACUUGCCAUAACUUGUUUUAUUUUAUUUUCACUUCUAUGGUUGAAUAAUGAAAAUAAAAAGAGACAAAU